AUGUUCGAUGAUCUGUUAAAAAUACUUGAUCAAUCUGAACAUGGAAAACGCUAUGCAGCGUACGCUUCAACAUCUUCUACAAGUAAUUUUCAACCUAAAAUAGAUACAAUUAUGAAAACAAUAGCUUCAUUUCAAUCAGGUAAAAACAAAUGUGAUAUCACAAACGCUUUGAUAUUUAUGAUAGUCAAAGAUGACAUGCGUCUGAGUACAACAGAAAAAACUGGGUUCAAACAUUUUAUGAAUGUUGUUGCUCCACACUACCAGCCUCCUUUACAUAGAGCAGUAACAGAUUGUGUUGAUCGUAAAUAUAAAGUUCAUUCAAGAAUCGUUAAGGAGAAAUUGGAAAAUGCAUCCUACUAUACAUUAACAGCUGAUCUAUGGACUGAAACGAAUACAACAAGUUUUUUGGGUAUUACUAUUCAUUUUUUAGAGAAUACAAGGUUAAAAUCUCUAACCCUUGGCAUCACUGAACUUCAAGACCGUCAUACAAGUGAAAAUUUACAAUGUGAAUGUAAAAAUAUUAUUGAAAAUUGGAAUAUUUCAUUGAAUAAAGUCUCAGCUAUAGUGACGGACAAUGGACCAAACAUUGUUAAAGCUGUUUGUGAUACGUUUGGUGAAGUAAAGCAUAUAGCCUGCUUUGCUCAUACUUAUAAUAUAGUUCUACAUUCAGCUAUAGCCAAAUCAGCGCAUCUCAAUGAAUUGUUAAUGAAAAUUAAAUCAAUCGUGACAUAUUUUAAACACUCUGUCGUUGCUUCAGAUGCUCUGAAACCAGCACAAACUUCAUCACAACCAUUGAGACCGAUUCAGGAUGUAUCAACAAGAUGGAAUUCUACUUUUUUCAUGUUAUACCGAUUCAUUGAAAUAGUUGAGCAUAUUAGUACUGUGUUAUUGAAGUUCCCAAAAUCUCCUCCAAUGUUGUCUGCAUCGGAAAUUGAAGUUUUACGAGAAAUUAUAGCUAUUUUAAAACCCAUGGAAUUAGCAACAACAGAAAUGUGUGGUCAAACAUACACAACAUGCAGUAAAGUGAUUCCAAUUUUGUGUUGUUUGGAAAAAAAUUUUAAAGCAGCCUGUAUGACAUCACCGAUCGCUAUUCAACUUCGUAAUGAUAUUCUCGACCAACUGGAAAUCCGAUUUCGGAAUAUAACUAAAAGUUAUAUACAUAGUGUGGCAACAGUUCUUGACCCACGUUAUAAGAGAGUAAAUUUUAACAAAAAUUGCGGUGAUGCUGCUUUAGCAUUUAUAAGAAUUGAUAAAGAAUGA